AUGAAUGGAAACCUGCCAACGGGCAAGUCCGAAGCUAGAAAGGUCCAGCAGAAGGCUGCAAGAUACUACAUGCAUGGCAACAAGCUCAUCCGCAGAUCAUACUCCGGCCCUCAUCUCACCUACAUAAAGUACCCUCGAGCAAAAUUCAUGACUGCGAGUGUGGCAACCACUCUGGGGGCAGGUCAUUUGCCCAGAAAGCUUUAA